AUGAGUUCGCCAUCGCGUCGUCGCCAGCGUUAUAAUCGGCAUUCAUCCUCGUCUCCUGAUGAGUAUCCUGCUGGUAUAUCAAAACGUAUGAAACAAUCAACCGAUCAAUAUGAUAAAGGUCAUCGUCGUGCUAGUGGUGAGCGAGUUUCUGAUCAACAACGUCGUUAUACAUCGAUUUGUGUCAAAAAUAUAAAUCCCAAAAUUAGUGAUAAUGAAGUUCGACGUUUAUCUGAAAAAAAAUUUUCAAAAUAUGGGCCAAAUACAAUUAAAAUUUAUUAUAAAAAUCAUGAACGUGUUGCAUUCGUUAAUUUUACAAAUUGUAGUGAUGCUAAACACGCUCGACAUGCCAAAAGUGAUCUCAUAUGGGAUAAUUGGCAAUUAAUUCUUGAACCCGUUUAUUAUCGUCGGCAUCACCCACCUGAUCACCCAUUGUAUGAUGAACGUAAUAAAUAUUCUCCGUCGCGUCCAGCACCAGAACGAUCUCAAGCUGCCUUAACUAUGCGACAUAGUCCAGUUUUUUCAAAACCUCGUUAUUCGCCAUAUAAUCAUCGUAGCCAACCGUACACACGUACUGCUCCUCCACGUCGAUAUUCACCUUAUAUUCCAUUACCACCAGAGUUAGAUGGUUUUGCAAAAAAAAGUUCACGUCGUCAUCGUCGUCGAAGCAGCAGUUCAUCGCAUCAAUCAACAAACAGUAAUAACAAUAGGAAUAAUAACAACAAUGAUAAUAAUGAAACAAAAAUAAACAAUGAAGAUCGAGACGCUACACGAACAAUAUUUGUAGGAAAUUUAGAGCGUGAUAUUACAGAAGAACAAUUACAAGAUGUAUUUGAUAAAUAUGGCGUUAUCGAAGAAAUUGAUCUCAAAAUCCCCAGUUCAUCAUCAAAACGUCCAUAUGCAUUUAUUCAAUAUGAAAAUCUUGAUAUGGCUUUUAAAGCAAAAUCCCAACAAGAUGGAAGGUUAAUUGGUAAAUCGGAAGCGAGAAUUGGUUAUGGUAAAGUUGUUCCAACAACAUGUUUAUGGGUUGGUAAUUUACAUCCUCAGUUGAAAAAACGUGAUUUAGAACGUGAAUUUGCACACUAUGGUCAAAUUAAAUCAAUCGAAUUUAAUACGGGUGACAAACAAGCCUAUAUUGUCUACAAUGACGUGGAAGACGCUAUUAAAGCUCGCGGAAAACUACUUGGCUCAACAAAGUUAACACCUACGGCUAAAAGAGAGCGCGGUUCACGAUCAGGUUCAUCAACAUCAUUAACACGUUCACCUUCCCGUUAUCGAUUGCGUAUAGAUUAUCAUGAAUCAAGUUCUUCACAUCGUUCAGUAGUUAGUAGCAAAAAGCCAUCGCAUCGACAUCAAUCUGCAACUGAUAAUGCUUCAAAACAAAAACGAUCACCAUCCUCCGCUUCCGCUGCUUCACAUGUUUCUUCAUCAAAAGGUUCCAAAGGACCAAUUGAACGCGUCCGAUCCAUCACCCCACGUCAACGUUCCACAGCAUCACGAUCACCUAUUUCCUCAUCAAAUGAAGAACAACAAGAUAUCAAGCAAGAAAUUAAAGAUGAAUCGACGUCACCACUUAAACGUCAUCAUUCUUCUUCACCAUCUCCAACCAAACGUCAACGAAACAAACGAGAACGAUCGUCAUCACCCGGUCGAACAUUUUAUGGACCAUUUGGUACUUACAUAUCUCCUCGUGCUACAAAUAGUCUGACAAAAAUGAAUGACUUGAUCGUAUUAUGUGAACAAUUAAAUAAUGAAUUAGUAAAAUCAACAAAAUCAUUGUCAACGGUUUAUCCUGUACAAUUUUUACUUAAAUCAUGUCAUUAUGAUGCAAGAAUGCAUUUCAUAGCUGGAAAUCCACAGUUUUGCCAACCAGGAGACUUGGUGGCAGCAAAAACCGAAUUAAAAGUUACGCAACGUCUACGUUUAGAUCCAGCUAAACUAGAUGAUUUGGAAAGUAAACUUCGUUCAAAUUUAUGUGGUUCAAGUAAAAGUAAUACAAGUGUCAAUGAAACAACAUUAGCACGAAAACCAUCUCCAUCAACAACAAAUUUUGCCAUUCUUAUAUCAUCACCGCGAAAAACAAGGACAAAUUAUGGUAAUGGUGAAACUGAACCUUCAUUAUCAUCGCCUAUACGUGAAGAUAAUGAAGAAAAACCACUAUCAUCUGAUCUAGACGAAGAAAAAUCAUUAUCAUUGCUAAUAUCGUAUUUAGCAACGAAAGAAGCAGCCGGCGUUAUUCCCAUACAAUACCAUCCGUCGACCUCCACACUUCAACAACAAUCGAAAGAUCAAACAGCUGUUUUACAUGCGUUUCCACCAUGUAGUUUUACUAAAAAACUAUUAAAAGAAUUAUGUCCAUCAAUAUCAUUUGGCGGCAAUAAUGCGGGUCCAUCGACUCCGCCAUCUGAAGACGAUGAAUACGUAAAUGAUGAACAUUUACUCGUUGUCAUUGUUAAAAACGAUUAA